GCUUCUCAACUUCGCAUCCAGUCAAUACUUUCGCCUGCGGACCCCGAGGCUGAUGAGCUGUCCAACGCAUCCUCGAACCAGUCAACUCCGAAGCGCAAAAUCGCGGUGCUUUCUUCUGCCCCCGAGGCCACUCCGCCGGCCUCACAUCGGGUUGGUUUCCUGGACGGACAAACCAGGUCUGAUGUCGGCGGUUUCGAGCCAACCGGGGGCUAUACCGACGAUCAUCGACCUAUUUCUCACUCAAGUGCCAGAGAGGGAAAGAAGACUUCGAAAACGAGGCAGCCGAUGAGGUCUAGCAUUGCUUGUCUGAGAUGCCGCAGAUCGAAAAUUAAGUGCGACAAUGAUGGCGGUAACAGUCCCUGUGAUACUUGUAUCAAGGGAGGCCACCAGUGCCAGUACCCGGAGGCCACAUCUCUUGCUCCCAAAAGAAUUGAGCCUCCAGCAAGCGGAAGGCAAGAGAAGGAUGGCCCUCACGAAAGGAAGAGGGCAAGGAAAAUGGACGAAGCACCUGGUUUCGACAGUACAAAAUCCACAGCCUACGCCGAAGAUAUUCUCGCCUACCCAUUUCUAACGAUAGAGUUGUGGGAUCAGCUAUUUGCCAUCUAUAAGCAACAUUUCGCGACUGAGCUGUCUUUCAUUCAUCUCCCAACUUUGAAGGAGAAAACGAGUCGCAGACAAGGCCAGAAACAGCACCAUUCGUCCGAGCUGAACCUGGUUCUUCUUGGCGGGAACGUGCGGCCACGGACAUUGCAACACAACCCCGACCCCAUGGCCGCCUCUGAGUUCUUCGCCAAUGCCCUCACGACUGCAAUUGGCCCCCUGAGAACAGCCAUGACCGUUGUCACUGUGGAAAGAGUCCAGGCAUUUCUGAUGCUAGGACUAUUCGAGUGGAGUCAACGCCACACGUUUAGUAACUCUAGCGCUUGGAUGUAUGUUGGUGUUGCAAUACGGAUGGCAAAACUCCUCAAACUUGGCCUUGACGAUCACAUUAUGAGGAUACGAGAAGCUCGCGCCGCCGUGGCCAAUGAAUCUCGAACGAGGUCAUCUGAAAUUGGGAUCAUAAGGGAGUCUCGAAGACGCACCAUGUACAGUUGUCUGGUUCUUGAUCGCAUGAUGGCCUGCGGCAGCGAGCGGACCAUGAGCAUGCCCCUGGAGAGCAUUGGGAUACAACUGCCAUGCUCAGAGAUGGCGUUCGACCUUGCUUUGGAUGUUUACACAGGCUAUCUAAGAUGCCCGGAAGAAUCUGUUUCACGAAAAGUCAACGACGACAGUACCUUGAGCCGAUUUGUGCAGUUGGUUGAGAUAUGGAGCGAUAUUUCCCACUACAGUACGGCGGGUGGCCGCUCGCAAGAAACCGCAUCGCCGUGGGAUAGCCGAUCGACAUUCUACCGGCUGAGAGACAGAUUGGAUCGAUUUCAUAAGGACCUCCCGGACACAUUCACGCUGUCACGUCAAAACUAUUACCGCCAUGAUAAUCACCAAGCUACGAAUACGUAUGUAUCAUUGCAUAUGCUAUCUUCGAUGUGCCAUAUCAUCCUUAACCGAGAGUAUCUUCCAUUUCUGCCCAUCCGCUGUGGCAGACCACAAGGACCCCUUGCGAGUGCACAAGAUCAAGCACGGGGCCAGCUUUGGGAAGAAGUUGCUGACAAUGUCUUCCGAGCGUCCCGAGAUAUCCUGGAUCUGGUUGAAAUCUGCAAGGACAAACUUCCUCAAUCAUGCUUGACCGUGUUUGCCGUAUGGCUAUCCGGCUUUAUGGCUGUAUACGCCCAUCAAUUCCCCAGCAUGGAUAUUCAACAACGCAUGGCAGUUUCGGAAAGCAUUGAACGGGACAUGGAUGAGAGCACCAGUGUGCUUGAAGGCGCGACAACAAGGACGUCUUGUCAGGCACUGCACAAGCUGACGAAGUAUCUUCCGGUGGCACAAAAUUACUUGACAUACCUGGAAGAAUUAAACCAGUACUUUGUGGAUGCAAAGAACCAUUUCAAUCAACAGGCUAACAACACCGACCCCAUGUCCAACCCUUCCUUUGGGGUUAGGCGAUUGAGUAUACGACCUGUUGCUGAAUCACCCCCAGUUGUCUUGGAACAUCGAGGAGAAGGGCUAUCUGCCAAGGCAGCCCCUAUGGGUGGUGCAGGCAAGCCUUCGUUGUCGGAAAGCCAACUGGUACUGCCAGGCCUUGACGAAGGCCUCCUUCAGCAAAAAAUUCCGGAAUUUUCGAUGGAGAAGCUUGAAAUGAUCGAGUCGCAACGAAUCGGGAAGAUAUUGAAUGACUUGGAAGAGUUUGCGGGUGCGGGCUCAUUGGGAAUUGGGAUCCCCUAA